UCUGUCAUUUUGAGAUAAAGAUACUGAAGGGCAAAUAUCUACUUAUUCAUUUCUAAGAUGGCAAAUCCUACAUCGAAAGUCGAACUGAAAAACGUGAAGCUACCACCAAGACUAAACAUACCAGCACCUCAGAAGCCAAAGCGAAAGCAGACCUUAUACACCUACCCAAUAAAAAGUGCACCAACUGUUAGGAAUCUUAUUUAUAGUGAUCAAGAGGAACGAGAAUUUGUUCUAGCAGGAACGGGACACGUGAGUUGUCAUUCACAACAAAAGUUUAUGAUACCAAAUAAACCAAGAGAAAAACUACCUAAAGAAAAACCUACCCUGUUUGAAACUUAUCAUGCUAAGCCACCCUCUCAAUACAGAAGAGAAAACGAUGUCAACUGUCUGAGGGAGCAACCUCAUUACCACGACCCUGGACAUAUGAACAACAACCGAAUCCCCCACUGGUGGUGGACAACACAAAGAAAUAGAAAGCAAGAAAGAAUCUUCAAUGAAUGGCUGAAAUUUUAAAUCUCGAAAUUAUCUUAUUCAUGGUUUUAGCACACGCAAGAAAAUAUAAUAGUAAAAGUGCCAAUUUACUUUGCCUCUGCUGCUGGCAAAUAUACAUUUUGUAACAAAAUUUUACAAUUCCAAUAAAAAU